AUGGACUAAGAAGCAUUAAUGCAAAUGCUCCAAACGUUGAUGAAGGAUCAAGGGGAAAUUAAAAUUGGGAAUUUUGUUAUUUAACAAUAAGAACCAAAAAGAAAUAACACCACUUUGAUUCCACAUAACAAGGCCGAUGUUCCGCAAUUCAGCAAAAGCUAAUAAGAUAUAGAUUACAUAAUAACUAAACCGAAUGAGUUUGUCAAUGAUCUGUUCUUCGAUGAACCACUGCCGGAUUUGGAUUAAUUCAUCGAACAGGAGGUUGUGUCCAAUUUUACAAUCGAUUCAUAAACAAAGCCCAACAAUGUUUAAAAAUAGUUGUUCUCUAAAACCUAUUAGAUGAUAGACAAAUUCAGUCCAAACCUCAAGGAAGAAUUCGAAAGUGCAUUGGAGUAUGAUUUUGAAUAAUUGCUCAAACCCAAAACCUCCGAAUGUUCCUCUGACACUAUGACUACCAUUACAGAUACUACCUCCAGUGACCCUUUAAGGACCUUCCUCAUGUCUUUGAUUCCAAUAAAAUCUUCCCUCUCUCCCACAAAAUAAACUUAGAUCGAUUUCUUAUUUUUGUACUCCCAACCUCUGCUCCAAAUCACCAACAAUUCGACCAAGAAAGCUGUGCAGAAAUUGGAGAUAAACAAGGAGUUGAAUUCAAUCAAAGAAGUAUUUAUAGAUGUCAAAGCAGAAAUCAAAUUUAUGUCAACUCCAGCGAGAAUGGAUAGAUUUGGAGAAGCCCUGGAUUUGAAUCCUAAAGCCUUGCAUUACGCAGGUCAUGGAAUCUACAUGGAAUCAAAUCAACAAUCAUACCUCCUCUUUGACAAAUCAAAUUCUCUUAUGCCUCCAAAAACUCAAAUCUCCAAUCCUAUUUGUAUUUGUAGCCAGUUGUCAUUCCAAACUCAUAGGCGAAGUCUUUCAUCAAGCUGGAGCUGA